AUGACCGCCAUUAAUAACUCUUGGCAGUUUCAUGGUCGUGAUGAUGAGGAUGCGCCUGCCCAUAUCAACCGUCUCACCUGCCUUUGCAGCACCUUCAGUAUCGAAGGUGUAAAUCUUGAUGCCCGCUAUCUCCAAGUCUUCCCAUUCUCAGUUGCUGGCCGCGCAGCCACAUGGCUUGAUUCGCAGCCGGUAGGUACUUUUACCACUUGGGCUGGACUUAGGGAUGCCUUCCUAGCUAAGUAUUUCCCACCUACGAAGGCAUCUCGCCUUCAAGAUCAGAUCCAUUCAUUCCGAAUGGAACCUGACGAACGUUAUCACUUAGCUUGGGAGAGGUUUCAAACUUUACUCUCACGUUGUUCCCAACAUGGGCUGUCUGAUUGGGCAUUGGUAGAAAAAUUUUACAAUGGUCUCACCCCUGAGUGUAAGGCCCGAUUUGACACCUCUGUAGGAGGCCAUCUUAUGGGAAAGAAAUUUAUGGCCGACUGCAAUGAUCUCUUCGAGAUCUUUGCUCAUGUUGAUAUAGAUCAUAGUGCUACCAGCAGGACUUCAAUUCCUGUUACUACUUCCUCAUCCGCCCGAGGAGUAAACCAAGUUGUCUCGGAUUCAAAGGUAGCAUCUCAACUUGAUUAUAUCACCAAUGACUUAUUAGAAAUUAAGAAGAAGGUCGAUGGGUGCGAAGUUUGUAGGGGUGGUCAUGACACCGUAGACUGUCCAACACUUACCCUAGAACAGGUAGAGUACAUCGCAGGUCAAAACAGGGGUCCAAGUAAUCCGUUUAAUAAUAGUAACUCUAACUGGCGUAGUAAUAAUUACGGAUCCUUCGGUAACCCCCCUGGGUUCCCGUCAGGCCAAUAUCAAAGCAGGGGGGCAGGUUUCUAUUCUAGUGGGGGUUCGGGUCAAUCAGGUCAGUUUGCUAGUUCAAGUUCAGGGGGGCAGCUUAGAAGUGAGGGGUCAAACCAAGAGGGUCAGCCUAGGAAUGAGGGGUCAAGUGACCUUCAAAGGCAAGUCGGGGACAUUGCACGCCAAUUGCAAGAACGACCUGCCGGUCAAUUUUCGAGAAACACAAAGCCGAACCCGUCUGGCACAUUGAAGGCAAUUUCGACCCGUAGUGGUAGGAUCUUAGGAGAGGUAGUGAGACCUGAGAGUAUAGAGGUAGAGAAAGAGGAGCCCGUAGAUGAAGAGAUUGAGAUGGAGGCUCCCGGUAAAGUGCAACCUAGGUUAAUCCCAGCAAGUAGCCCACACACCGGGGGGCCUCAAGUCGAGAAUAGUGUAGAAAAACGACCCACACAAAUCGUUCCAUCACCCACUGUUGAUCUUUCCCAUGCUCCAUACCCGUCUCGUCUUAAAAACCAAACUUACUCUAAAGAGUACGGGAAAUUCUUAGAGAUCUUUAAGAAACUUAGGGUCAACCUUCCGUUCAUAGAAGCCCAUCAAUCUAUGCCUAAGUACGUAAAAUUCUUAAAGGACCUUUUAAAGAGUAAGGAUAGGUUAGGAGAGGUCUCUAACAUUCCCCUUAGUGGAGGAUGUUCUGCCGUAGUUUUGAACAAGGUCCCGGAAAAAUUGACCGAUCCGGGCCUUUCCACCAUUCCAUGCUUGUUUGGGAGUGAUACCGAGUGUAGGGCCCUAGCCGAUUUAGGAGCAAGUAUAAACCUCAUGCCAUAUUCCAUGUACGAGAGGUUAGGCCUAGGAGAGUUAUCCCCUACACGCAUGUCUUUGUCCUUAGCAGAUAGAUCAGUGAAGUAUCCACGUGGCAUAAUCGAAAACCUUCUAGUUAAAGUUGACAAAUUCAUCUUUCCCGUAGACUUUGUCAUUCUUGAUAUGGAAGCUGAUGAGAAAGUUCCUAUCAUUCUAGGACGCCCCUUCUUAUGUACCGCCAAGGCUAUCAUUGAUGUCUUCAACGGUAAGAUUACACUCCAAGUCGGUGAGGAGAGAGUCACUUUCAAGAUAGCAUGUUCUAUGGAACAUCCUAACGGUUCCGAAGAUCUUAGUAGUCCUUUAGAGGGUAAAGUAGAGGAGGUAGUUGAGAAAGUAGAGGAAAUUGUGAGUGAGAAUGAGGGAGGGGACGAGACCGAGUGGGUCCCCGAAGUGUUGGAAUUGAGUGAAGUGAAGAGUGAGAUCGAGAGUACACCCGUAGAGAAACCCGCCCCAUUAGAGCUCAAGGUUCUUCCAUCCCAUUUAGAGUAUGCUUUCCUUGGUGAGGGAUCCGCUUUUCCCAUCAUUAUUUCAUCUAAGUUAGAGGAGGGGAAAAGGGUAGGUUAUUAG